UCCGAUACCAGUCAACGAACCUUGGGACAUCGCUUGUCGCCUAGACAGCCUACUAAUACAGCGGAACCUCAGUCUGCCUCUGGGGCGUGGUACCGGCACGGCUAUGGCUGCGCCGCUCACGCGAAUGCUCUUCUUUGUGCAGGUCAGUCAGUAUGCAACGUGCGACACUUAUUCUAUUCUCAUUCUGCCGGUACCACCCCCAGUGCUCUUUGCGAGUGUAAGAGCUCAUGCCUGCCGCUUUCGACCUGUGUCUUGUAGGCGCUAUCGGUUCAAGUUGCUACGCCGUUUCGCAUUUUACUUCUUGUUGUUACUUAUAUGUGGUGACGUCGAGAUGAACCCAGGCCCCGACGAUUCAGUUCUUAAACAGCUUUUAGACGGACAAAAGGAAAUUAAGAAAGAACUGGGUGCUAUUGAAAAACACCAAGCUGAAAGUAACUCUGCCAUAUCGGACCUCAACGAACGUAUGACUAAAUUAGAAACAACGCUUACUAAACUUGAGGAAUUGCACAGCGUCGUCAAGGGAUGCAAACAGAUUUGCGAAGUGCAGCAAGUUCAGCUACAGGCGCUUGUAGAUAAGGUUGAUGACCUUGAAAACCACAGUAGGAGGUGCAAUUUAAUUUUCUAUGGUGUGAAAGAUGAUGAGCGCGAAACGUACGAAAAGGCUGAGGAACAUAUCUUAGAAGUUUGUCAGUCGAAGCUUCAAUGUGAAAACGUAUCAAUAGAGAGAGCACAUCGUCUUGGAAGGCAUAAUCCUAAUAAGAAGCGGCCAAUAAUGGUCAAGUUCCUUUCGUUUAAGGAAAAGCAGGCAGUGUUAUCAAGCGCAAGAAAAUUGAAGGGCUCAGAUAUUAGUAUUUCAGAGGACUUUUCCGAGAGCGUGCGCAAAAAGCGGAAACGACUGUGGGAUUAUGCUAAGGCUAAUCGAGUGAAGACUGACAAAGUAAACAUCAAGUUCACUACUCUUUAUAUAAAUAAGGUGAAAUACGUCUAUGAUGAAUCCCUAGACCAAGUUGUGCAAGCAGACUGACAGGAACUGAAAGCGGAUGGGUCUGUGCUUUCUUUUCUUAUUGUGAAUUGCAGAAGCAUACGUAAUAAAUGUGAUGAAUUUUCUAGCCUUGUUGAUAUGUCUAGACCAACUGUCGUUCUUGGAUCUGAAUCCUGGCUCGAUGCUGACGUUGAGGAUAAUGAAGUGUUUCCCAGGGGCUUUGUUUGUUACCGUAAGGACCGAAAUCGUUUCGGGGGAGGCGUUUUUAUUUUAGUGGAUGCGACAAUGUGCUUCCGGGAAAUUGAUAUUGAAUGCAGUCAAAGUGAAAUGUUGUGGGUAGAGAUUAGAUUGAAGAACGGCAGGUCAUUAUCGGUAUGUUCGUUCUAUCGCCCACCAGGAAGCAAAGUUAAUAUUCUAGGUGAGCUUACCGCGGCAAUGGAAACAGUGAGCACUGAUUACCUAGUUAUAGGUGGGGAUUUUAAUCUUCCAGAAAUCGAUUGGUCUCUAGCAGAUCCCAGUUCCAGUGCUUGCAGCCAGUCAAGUAAAGAAAUGUUGAAGAUAUGUCGCCUCUUCGAGUUAACACAACUAGUUCUAGAGCCGACAAGGGCAAAAAAUGUUUUAGAUUUAUUUUUCACUAACACGCCAGAGGCGGUGAGUUCUACAACAGUGCUGCCGAGCAUAAGCGACCACCAAGCUGUAUUGUGCGAUAUGAAUUUGCAGUAUGUGAGAGCUGCUAACAGUGGUCCACGGCGUAUCUACAGCUAUCAAAAAGCACGUGUCAGUGAUAUGACCCUGGCUCUAGAUUCCUACUACGAUGUGUUUGAGACACAGGCUGAAUUCAUGAAUAUGGAAGAGCUAUGGAAAGUAUUUAAGAACAAGUUGCUCGAGAUGCGUGAAAGAUAUGUACCAUCAUGGGUUAUGACUGCGCGGCGCAGCAAAAG